GGUGUCAUAACUAUUCAAUUAUUCGCUUUGGAUAAAGGAUACGUCACCUUGACGCACUGGCCGAGGUAAACUUGAAACUGUUUUUAACUUCUGCACAUACUUUUUUAGACCAUUUUAACGGUACGGAAAAACGUCCAGCUCGAUAGAUUCACGCGCCUAUGUGUCGCGCGCAGCCGGUGCGCCAACAUUUUUCCCCUGCACAUUCACUCCAACUUCUGAUCUGACUGCUGGACUCUUAUUUAUAUGUCAGCUCAAUUUAUACAAACUUUACGAGGCCUAGCCUAUCAAUGCUGUUAAAGUGUGAUUGCAGCUGCUGGCAGAACAUUAUGUUUCCCAAUGCAGGAGUUUCGUCUCUGUUAGGGGGUCUUGCGGAAACUUCAAAUUAAAACAAAAAUGGAAAAUGGAAUUUAAACGAAAUGGAAAAGGCAGGAUUGGAGAGCCGUGAGUGAUUGGUGACCCUGAACCUGAUAACGGAGAGUAAACAUGCCGAGGUCAUUUUUGGUGAAGAGCAAACGGGCACACAGUUAUCAUCAACCCCGUUACCUGGACGACAACUGCAUCCCAAUCGAGAAACUUCUCACGUGCCAAGAGAGUCAGAUCCCCGAGAGUCCGGUGGAUGUGGGUAAUCAUUCCCCUAAAGCCAGCAUGGUGUGCACGGCGGAUCACUCCUCUCAACAGUCCCCGCUGAGCUGCGAGGGAAGUGUGUGUGACCGCUCAUCCGACUAUGAGGACUUCUGGAGACCACUGUCAUCCAGAACCUCUCCAGAUCUGGAUAAAUCGCCUUCUCCAGACGACUCGCAGCCUUUUGACUUGUCUUUCCGUCCGUAUGUUUGGGCCCAUUCAACAUCCGAGCUCAGACACCUCAUUCAAUCGUGCAACCGUGUUUCUGCGGAUUCAGAGACAUCAAUGGGGGUGCAUGAGGCCAUGGACAGAAGGCCGGGUGCACAUCUUCUCAUUGAUCCAGCACAAUCCGGCCGGUUUUACCAGGACUAUGGGUCUCUGAACACUAACCUGUUGGAAAGUAGAGGCUUUUAUGCAGACUUCAAGAUUUCAACAAAAGUGGCAGAGAUCGAUUCGGAGUCUGAUAUUAUGUCCACGAGACUUCAACUAAGCGGGUCGUUCAAAUGCGUAAAAUGCACUAAGGUGUUUUCUACCCCUCAUGGGUUGGAAGUUCACGUGCGGCGGUCUCACAGUGGCACGAGGCCCUUCGCGUGCGAUAUCUGCGGAAAAACUUUCGGCCACGCGGUCAGCCUGGAGCAACAUAAAGCUGUCCAUUCACAAGAAAGGGUCUUCAGCUGCAAAAUCUGCGACAAAAGUUUCAAGAGGUCGUCCACUUUGUCCACUCAUCUCCUCAUCCACUCGGACACCAGACCAUAUCCCUGUCAGUACUGCGGAAAACGAUUCCACCAGAAAUCAGAUAUGAAGAAACACACGUUCAUUCAUACAGGUGAAAAGCCACACAAGUGUCAGGUGUGUGGCAAAGCCUUCAGUCAGAGUUCAAACCUCAUCACACACAGCAGAAAACACACAGGAUUCAAGCCUUUCGGAUGCGAUCUGUGUGGAAAAGGAUUUCAGCGCAAAGUAGAUCUGAGGAGACACAAAGAAACGCAGCAUGGAGUAAAAUAAUGCAAAAAUAUAUAGCCUAUAUAAUUGUUUUGUUUUUCCCCUUACAUCUGUUUGUUUGCACAUGCAUGUGACACUAUGUAGAAUUAGAACGUAGGUUAAUGUUGUGGUUUUAUGGAUUAAGAAAAUAACGAAUUAAUUUGCUGAUGUCAGAGAGAAUUCCAAGUAGGCUAUUUUAUAACAAGCUGUGAUAUUUUGUCCGUGCAAAAUAUUUAAUAAAUGGAAAA